AUUACUUUCGCCUGGAUCGACCAUCAUAAAUAUGGCCUUCGGUAUACUUGACCUUCAAAAAAUCUGCUCGAUAUAUCACUCCCGUUUACGUUGACGCCUCAAGCUUGAGCUCGGAGGAUUGAAUGUACUCGUCAGAAUCGAGUCCCCUAGCUUGGAUUAUCUGUACCUUUUGUUACGGUGGCUAAUAAUUCAGUGACCCGUGCGCAGUUUAGUACGAGCUCGAGUACGUAUUUGCACUGUGCAAGAUACAGUCAACUGCAAACGCCAACGCGCCAUUAGACGACCGACCAUCAUGAUCUCCGAUGGCACCAACAUUUCGUCAGCUUGCAGCUUAACCAACCUCUUCUCUCCACCAGCGCAAUAUAGAGCAAGCUUACCUUGCCGGUUCACUGACGCACCUUUUCACUUAGCUUUCCUGCCUCUUUCCUUCCAUCUAAUUCCGAACCCAGAGCCCGCGCACCUGCAUAAGGAGGCUCACUACCAAUCACCGGGCCCACACCUCGUCACGCCACAUGUGAAGCUGCGCUCGACUGCGCCAUCGACACGGUUGUGCUGUCAGUUGGCAAUGGACGUUGUGUCGAAGGAAUUGGUAGAUAAUGUCACGGCGGUGCGCUGGAGCAUUCAAUAUCAACAGCUUCGUAAUAUCGAUCCAACGUCCUCUACUUCACCGCUACGUCUUCAACGACGGAGGCUCGUGACUGUUUGCACGCUUCUGACACUCGUGUGCACGUGUUCACAUUUGUUCGCGCUCGCGUCUGCACUUGCCUGCGCAUGUUGGUACUUGGGUACGGGUUUUUGCCAGGAUGGCUCCCAGUACCCAGAAUUUACCUGUGCAGAUCGAUUUGCUACCCCGGGUCUUGUGUGGGAUAGAUUUUCUACAACUGUCGUGCAGCUAACACGAAGAGACAGUGCUGCUCGCAGUUCACCAACCAUAAACUUAUGCGAUAAUCGCGUAGACUUUCAGACAGGAUGCGAGCACCAAAAAUGGGCGAUCCAUACCAUUAUCAUGCUUCAAUAUAUCCGUAACCGCAUUGUUUAUGAGGUGUCGUAUAAGAAAAGGGAACAUGCGGUAGCUGACUGA